GCUCUUCUUACCAUAAUGCAUUCUUCUAAUUCCUUUUCCUCUGCUUCUCAAAAAAUCUCUUGGUUAUGAUCAGAACCGCGUUACGCUGCUUUCAAAAUAAUUUCAGUGUGACAUUGAUUCCUGAUGAGGAUAGCAACUGGAAUGAGUUUGAUUGCAAAUGGGGCUUGUUUCUGCAUGGCACCUGUACAUAAAAUGACAGGUCACUUUUGUGAUCUUAGAAACCUGCGAGUAUCAUCAGACAACAGCAGAAAAUGGCCUUCCCUGUCUGUUGAAGACAUAUUUUAUCCUGCUAAUUCAUUUAUUCUUUUUACCAAUGUGUUAACUUUUUGGUUGUUCUUGGUCGCAAGCUCUUAUUUUCUCUUGCGCAAAGGUGUAAAUACUUUUGGCAGUUGCAGAGAAAGACAUGCAGAGAAAGUUUCUUCAUCUGACAGUACUGUCUCAAAUGCAAGCAUAAAGAAUGGUGCAACCGCUGCAAGUGAUAGGCUUAGUAGUUCAGGGUGUUCUAAUAAAAUUUCUCACAGUAACAGCUAUACUGAGCUAUGCACUGAUUCUUUCUACGAGAUUGCAGAUUUGGACAAAGCAUGUUACAUGAAUUCUUUACUCAGCCUUGAAGAUGGUGAUGGGUGGCCCUCUGAUUUAAUGCCUUCAACUCCUCCUAGCUACAAGUGUGACGCUUACUAUGAGAUUUCGGACUUUGAGAAAGGAAGUUUCUUUCAUUCUUUACUCAGUCUUGAUGAUGAAGAUUCUGAAUGGCUCUCAGAUUCGAAGUCUUUUGGACGUUCAUUAGAGGAACCUUCAACGCCUCUUAGCUACAAGUUUGAUGUUGCUUCUGAGAUUUCAGACUUUGAGCAAGGAAGUUCCUUUCGUUCUUUACUCAGUCUUGAUGAUGAAGAUUCUGAAUGGCUCUCAGAUUCUAAGUCUUUUGGACGUUCAUCAGAGGAACCUUCAACUCCUCUGAGCUACAAGGGUGAUUCACACUAUGCGAUUUCAGAUUUUGACAAAGCAAGUUACAUGCAUUCUUUACUUAGUCUUGAAGAUGAAGGUGCUGAGUGGCUCUCAGAUUCAAAGUCUUUUGGAUGUUCAUCUGAUAACCCUCUAAUUCCUUUUAGCUACAAGUUUGAUGAUGCUUCUGAUAUUUCAGAUUUGGACAAUGAUAUUUACAUGCAUUCUUUACUUAAUCUAGUAAAUGAAGGCGCUGAAUGUUUCUCAGAUUCCAAGUUUUCUGAAUGUUCUUCAACUCCUUUUAGCUGCAAGAUUGAUUUAGCUUCUGAGAUUUCCGAUUUGGACAAGUCAAGGUACUUGCCUUCCUCACUCAUUUUUGAACAUGAUGACUCUGAGUGGCUCUCAAAGUCAAAGCCGUAUGCAUGUUCAUCUGAGAACCUUUCAACUCCUCUUACCAACAAGAGUAAUGCUUUCUCUGAGAUUUUAGAUUUGGGGAAAGAAAGUGACAUAGAUUCUUUACUCAAUCCUGAAGACGAUGACUCCGAUUGGUUCUCCAAUUCAAAGUCUUUUGAAUGUUUAUCUGAGAACCCUUCAACUCCUCUUAGAUACAACAGUAAAAUUUCACAUUUGGACAAAGCAGGUUACUUCCAUUCCUUACUAAGUCUUGAAGAUGAUGAUGACUCUGAGUGGCUCUCAGAUUCAAAACCUCAUGCAUGUUCAUAUGAGAACCUUUCAACACCUCUUAACCACAGGAGUGACGUUUUCUCUGAGAUUUCAGAUUUGGACAAAGCAAGUUACAUGCAUUCGCUACUCAAUCUUGAAGGUGAAGAGUCCAAGUGGCUCUCAGAUUCGAUGCAUUUUGAAUGCUCAUCUGAGAACCCUUCAACUCCUCUUAGCUACAAGUUUGAUGCUGUUUCUGAUAUUUCAGAUUCGGACAAAGAAUGCCACUUGAAUUCUUUACUCACUCUUGAAGAUGAAAACUCCGACCGGCUCUUAGAUUAUAAAUCAUAUUACGGAUGUUCCUCUGAGAAUUCAACUCCUCUUAGCUCCAAGUGCGAUUCUUACUAUGAUGUUUCAGAUUUGGACAAAGCAAGUUACUUGGAUUCCUUACUCAUUCUUGAAGAUGAAGACUCUGAGUGGCUCUCAGAUUCAACUAGUUGGGACAUUAUAGUUCCUCCUUUGGUAAACUUUGACGACUCAGAAGAUAGUAUUUUAGUGGAGAAUCUAUCAGAAACCGCAGGAGUAGAAGAAGAGUUCAGUGCCGAUGAACCACUUUUUUGGCCAUUGGAAGGGAAACUCAAUUGGAAUUCUGAGGAACCCUGGAGCUCAUUUUGUACCUCCCCGAGGAGAAGAUUUGCAUUGAACUCUGCACCAAUCACUUCAAAGAUAAAGGAGUGUAAUAAACAAAAAGGCGAUGAGGCUCCAUGCAGAGUGAACCGUGAAACUUCAAGGUUAAGCAUGUGGCCUAAAAGUUCAACAAAGAUAGUACCACUAGAGUCUGAGGAAUUCGAAUCAGCCAAGGAUUUUCUUUUGGUGGGAAAAUAUUAUUUUGCUUUGGGUGAAGAGCUACCCAUUGAGACAUUGGUGGGGCUCAAGGAAUUUGAUGGACAUGAGGGGUUUGAUUCAGAAUUCAAUGAUGCUUUCAAGCAAAUAACCUUCCUAACCUUGUGAAGACCAAGAUGACUGCAACUUACUAUAGUAAAUCCUGAUAUCAGAAUAGUUAGGUUGUUAACCCACCUUACCUGUUUAUAUGAUCUAAUGUUUUUCUGUGUCUUGAUUAAAUAUGUAUUAUCCUAAUUGAAUAGAACAGGUAAUUAGGCACGGUUGUACAUAUAGGUCACAUCAUGUUCCAGCAGAAAUAGUUAGGUUACUGGCUAAACUUUUGACUAAGCCUGUGCUUAUUUUCACAGUUUCUUCAUUUUGUUUUUGUUUGGUAUCUAUCACAUCAUGAGACAGUGAGACAUUUGUAUCUGAUACUGUCAUCAUCAUCACUUAAUUUUACCUCCCA